UCGCAAAGACGAAUCAGCAACGGAGUGGAGCGCUCGGACGCUAAAUUUUCCCUUCGCAUUAGAAUUCGUCAUCAUCGUCGACGUCGCCGUCGCUGCCACCGCCGUCGGUCGUUCUGAUUCGUAUCUCAUCGAAACACUUCAAGAGAAGACUAAAUUGACUAGGUACGUGAAGCAAAUCAGCCGAGUCUUAGAGAUUGUAAUCGUUGUCAUCUAUAUGGAGCCCCCAGAAUGAUUGAAAUCCAUCGAAUCGAGCGGCAGCUUGCUCGUAAGAAUAAUUCAUAACAUCAACAAAUAACGCAAAUCACUUCGAGCGACGUGCUUAUCUUCCCGCCUGAGCGCCUUCGUCGUGUUUUGAAGCCCGCGUACCCCCUUAUGUCCACGUAUUGAAGCAACAGAGUCCACCACCGCCUGUACCCGGUCGAGUUGGUCGGAUAAGAGGCAAUAAUUUACUAGAGACCGUGAACUUGUGCAAGUUUAGUGAGAUUUGGGAAAAAGUGUGCGACUAGAGGAAGAACAAGAUGAAGAUUUGAGAGAACGUGACGGCGGUGAUCCUCAUAGCACUGCUGCGGUCACAGGUGGGAGGCUUGUCAAUCACUUCAAAUCUUGCGUGCGCUGAUGGAUGAGAAAGUGCUAAAACACGGUGGGCAAAGUGGUUCAAAUGUAUUUCUGCGAAAGUGCUAAUGAAGCGAAGAAUAUGCUAACGUUACUUCCAGAAAAAAGCUACAUUUUCAAUGCAUGGGCAAUCCAGUUUUCAGAAUCUCAAUAUAGAGGCCUUUUGAUGGCUAAGCCAAUUGGAGAAUCUUUUCGGUUUGGAUAGGACAGUUCUUAGUGAACAAACGUUCAAGUGCGCACAAAAUUGAGGGCAGCCGUUAAUUUAAGUUCAGGCGCUACCGCUCAUGACUCAUGUAAGCUACUUACCAACAAUAUGAUAAUUGAUACUGGGAAUUUCCAAAAUGCCUGAAAUGUGAUAAUAGAAAGCUGUGAUUUGAUUUAUUCGAGUAAUUCCUACUGAAUGAUGCAUGACAAAAAAAAGUAUGGCCUAUUCUCCCUCACUAUGAGCAACAUUAACAUAUCCAGGAGCAAUGUUCAUUUUGUGGGAUCGCUCCAUAUCAGCAGACUGAUCUCAAGCGGACUUGUUCUAUAAAUCUUCUGACCAUAGACAAUCUGUGAGAAUGACUCAAUAUCCCGUGACUCUAUAGAAUGUCAAAAUUAUACCGAACGUUCUUUAAAAAAAAAGCAUUUCCUUUUAUUGAUCAGAAAUAUCAUUUUUUAAAUAAAUUAUCUUUAUACAGAUAUCACACCUCGUACAGUAUGAAUUUUGAUUAUGGGUACGUGUAUAACGGUGUCUGUUCGACUUCAUCCAACUAUCCUCUAUUCUAAAAUGACCUGAACAGAUGCUUACCCCAAAACCGCUUCAUUUGCCCGAAACCCGCUUUUGUCCAUCAUACCAUUCACUCUUACCUAUAGUAUAAAGCUAAUCCAUUUUUCGAGAUAUCGCGAGCGAGCACACCUUGUGAUCGUGUAUUAUAAAUUCGCGAAUUCCAAAAUUGACAACGGUAUCUGUGUGCGGUCGAUGCAAUUAUCUAUCUAUUUGAAGUCCAGCCCUAUUCCAUUGCCUGGCACGUCGCUUGUGCGUGUGUGAUUCUGUGAAAACAUGAUCCCCAAAAGUGUGUAAGUUAUCAGACGUGUCGUACGAUUGUUGCAAUCAAUUAUCCAGCAGAGAAUAUUAGCAGACUUUAUUAGUAGCUCUUCGUUCUAAGUGUUCCAGCAAAUUCACGCCGCAUCGCUCGGCUCCGGUCAUCAGUGCGAACGUAAAUAUCGUUACUAUUCUUGCCGGCGUUGACCCAUUGCUGCCAAAGUCAAGCAGAAGAGAUAUAGAUACCGGUUUCCGUUCUGAGCUGAGUGUGUGUUAUUGUUUUCGAUAUUGUGAUAAUUAAUUUUGUGAAUGGCGCUGAAUGACGUGUGAGGGAAAAAAAAGUGUACAACAUCGCCUUAGUCGAGCGUCGCAGAUAGCACGACGGCGCAAGGCUAAUGAGAAGAUUGCCUAUCGAGGAAGAGUAGAUACCUACAUCCAAACGUGAUCUCUUGUGUUCUGGUGAAAAUUUCAUGUGGCGGCAAGUGUGUUUAGCGUGGAAAUGCGUUCAGCUUGGGUGCUUUGGAUUCAAUAUGAUGGGACCAGCAGUAAACAGUAGCGAGAAAGUACCACAGCAGCCGCGGCGGUUGAAACCAGAAAUCGAAAAAUGUGAAUCAUGCUAGAAUGCACGAAGAAAAAAUUUCCACGAUGUUACAUCAAACUUUGGUUGUUACUAAUGCAAAUUAUGUGUGAUUGAAAGAUUUUUUCCUAGAAAAAAUACAGCUAAGCAAAUCUAUAGUUUUUUUUUUUAAAGAAGAAGAAAACUGAAGUUGUAAUAAAUUCAGCUGAUUCGAUUCCACGUGCUGAAAGGAAUGCGAAUUCAGCUUCACGAUGGAUGCGGUCACUUUUAGGAGAACACGUUCCAACGCUCAGCGCAUCCAGGAUGGCAUUGAUUCAGAAAAUUCCCAUCUGGACGAUCUGUACACCCGGUACAGACAGCGGCUCCGAAAGUCGUUAUUCAUCUCCGGUCUGGGAAUAUCGAUACUCUCCUGCCUGAUAUCAAUCAUUCUGUGCCAGUUGCAAAAUGCGCUUGUGGCCGACCUGACGAUGCUAGCCGCUGCCUCGGUGGUGCUGUGUGUCAUUUUGGUGGCACUGCACUUCCCGAUGGUGAUGAACUCACCGCUGGCCGCCCUCUCGUUUGCCAUGUUAACCACCGGAACCAUCGGAGUCAUCGCCAUCACCGUUGGAGCGCAGCUGGCGCCACUGCCACUGUUUGCACUCAUUUUGGGUGUCCACACGAUGCUACCCGUCUCCUGGCCGGUGUCGGUGGUGCUAGCGGUAAUUCUGUGCCUAGUGCACAUAGGCUACCGCCUUUGGGCCGGAGUCCACGACCUGCCGGCCUACUUUUUCCCACAGCUACUGGGUGAGUUGAUAUUCCUAGCGUCGGCAUCCAUCUCGGGCCUAUACUAUCGCAUCAUGUCCGACGCAGCCCAUAUCGAUGCCGUCGACGGGACUCGUAUCGGAAUCGAGCAACGGGUUCGUCUGGAAUGCGAACGAGAACAGCAAGAACAGCUCCUGCUGAGCGUGAUACCGGCCUACAUUGCAGCGGAAGUGAAACGUAGCAUAAUGCUGAAAAUGGCCGACGCUUGUCAAACGGCCGGUGGCCAGAGCCAGACCCGGUUUCACGAAAUGCACGUACAACGACACAACAACGUGUCCAUCCUGUAUGCUGAUAUUGUGAACUUCACGCCCCUCUCGGAACAGCUGACGGCGUCUGACUUGGUGAAGACACUCAACGAGCUGUUCGGACGGUUUGAUCAAAUUGCACAAGAGAAUCAAUGCCUGCGGAUAAAAAUUCUGGGCGAUUGCUACUACUGUGUAUCCGGACUGCCAGUAUCCCGGCCCCAGCACGCCGCCAACUGUGUCAACAUGGGGCUGCAAAUGAUUGAAGCGAUACGAUUCGUCCGUGAAGCGACCGGAUUCAACGUGGACAUGCGAAUCGGCAUCCACACCGGAAAUGUCCUGUGCGGUGUGCUCGGAUUGCGCAAGUGGCAGUUUGACGUGUGGAGCGACGAUGUCACCCUGGCGAAUCACAUGGAGAGCGGAGGCGUGGCCGGACGUGUUCACAUCACGAAGUCCACGCUGGAUUAUCUGGGCGAUCGGUUCGAGGUGGAACCGGGUGGAGGAGCCGGCCGGGAGUCGUACCUGGCGGAUCAUAAAAUUGAAACAUACCUUAUCGUGCCACCGAAGAAACCAUCAGCGAACGAUCCUCCGAAGCCGUCGCCCUCAUCAAACAUGCACACCCCGUCGCCCACGGCCACCACCGCCACUAUUCAAAUAACCGAACCGGAUUCGACCGAAACCUUCAUACUGGGUGAACCACCAAAGACUCCCAAAACGCCAAGAACACCUAAAACACCAGAAGAUGUGCGCCGUUCGCACGCAUCCAUCUCAUCCGGCGUCAUCCACGAAGAACAAGAACGACUGCUUCCGCAGCAGCCUCCGAUGAGCCCGCUGCCACCGCCGUCACCCUUGCUUCUCAUCAAACAGACCAGCAUCACCAUCACAGCAGAGACAAUCAACGAGGAAACGACUGAAAAUGGCGACGACAGUGACCAGGAAAUGUGUAAAAAGUCCUGCCUCACGCUGCCCGUUGAACCCAUCACCACCAAUGGACAUCUACCGGAGCGUGUUGGCAGCCGGAAGCUGUCCGUGCAAGGCUUGAUGGCAUUUGCCGAGCGGCGGAAGUCCUCCAGUUCUAUUUUCGGCGACAUGCGGAAAAUGUCGAUUACCAAUAUCGAAUGCCUCCGGUCGCCGAUGGUGGCCACACCUGGGCCACUGAUGCGCAACCGACCGUCCUCGAAAAUGACCAAAUAUGUCGAGUGUUGGGGUGCGGACAAACCGUUUGCCAACAUUACGGACUCGAAGAUGGCGAAAAACAUCGGGCUGGCGAGCAUCGCCAUGAUCGAGUCCAACCUGCUGCCGGAGGAUGGCCACUGUAGUGAGUGCAAAUGCUGGGGCCCACCGAAGGAACUGCAACCAGUGACCAUGUGGUACCGGAAUUCUACCCGCGAGGCCAUGUACCGCACGCAACCGGACGCCAGCUUCCGGUAUGAUCUCAUCUGUACGUUUAUUUUGUUCUUAUCAAUUGGACUGAUACAAAUAGUAGUAUUUAAAAGCAAUGUAGUCGUUAUUGGUUCGCUGAGCGCAACUACCGUAGCGUUAGGUCUAUUUUUAUAUUUAAGCAACCAUCAGAUGUCGGAUCUGUCAUCGCCCGGUACCACCGGUCCCGGUCAGGUGAUUGCCGCCAAUCGGUCUCUUCGGAUAGCAAUAUUUCUAAUUUCGACAGCGCUGAUAGCGGCAUGUGCCAUAUUUAGUGUGAUAAACUUCGACGAUCUAGUGAUAGCAAACGUUCUGUUGGUGAACAAUGGUACCGAGACGGUCACGUACGACGUGCAGUUCGCGCCGUUGGCUCCGGUCUAUUUAUACAUGUGUGCCAUCAGUCUGGCAGCCGUAUCGGCCUUCCUCCAGUCAGGUUUCAUCGUCAAACUGCUGCUGAUGCUAUUCUUCAUCGGUGUUCAGUGCUCGCUGCUCUGGCAGAGUUCACUCUUCGAAACCUACCAGAUACUCUACAAUUCAUGGCCUCUAGCAUUCCAGGGUGCCCUAUUUCUGCUGCUGAUAGCGUCCGUCCUGCACACUUUGGACCGCCAGGGAGAGUACGUCUCACGAACCGAUUUUCUCUGGAAAGCCAAACUCAAAGUCGAACAGGAAGAAGUGGAAACGAUGCGCGGAAUCAAUAAGAUCCUGCUGGAAAACAUCCUUCCCGCCCACGUCGCACAGCACUUCCUGAAGAAGGAACGUGCCGUGCAGGAGCUGUACCACGAGAGCUACUCCUCGGUGGCGGUGAUGUUUGCCUCGAUACCCAACUACAAGGAGUUCUACGACGAAACCGACGUCAACAAGCAGGGACUGGAGUGCUUGCGGUUGCUAAACGAGAUUAUCUGCGACUUUGAUAAGCUUCUGCUAAAGCCCAAGUUUAGCGGGAUCGAAAAGAUCAAAACCAUCGGUAGCACGUACAUGAUUGCGUCCGGGCUGCGUCCCGGCAAGGAGGAAGGUGCAGCGAAAAAUAAUGAGCUGGACGAAAAACGAACGGAAGAGCACAACGUGGUGGUGCUGGUGGAGUUUUGCAUCGCACUCAUGACAGCGCUGGAUCAAAUCAAUCGAGAAUCAUUCCAACGGUUCCGGCUACGGAUCGGCAUCAACCACGGGCCGGUGAUUGCCGGCGUAAUCGGUGCACAGAAGCCGCAGUACGACAUCUGGAGCAAUACGGUGAAUGUUGCGUCCCGGAUGGAUUCAUGCGGCGUUAUGGGACGGGUGCAGGUCACCGAGAACACGGCAAAAGUGCUGAUGGCAGCCGGAUAUUCCUGCGAGUGCCGUGGACCUAUUCCCGUCAAAGGGAAGGGCAUCCUCACCACGUACUUUGUGAAGACACCAUUCGACGAACGGAUCUAAACGACAUAAACACACGGGAGACAGGACGCAAAGCACAAGAGGAAAAGGAAGCCACCCACAUAAUCGUCAGCACCCGUCAUCCGUGAAUCCAGGAGCAACAGGAAACCGUGAAUGUGUGAGUGAGAUAGAUUUAAAUAUCCAUGUGGGGGCUGGACAGUGUGUAUGAAGAGGUGACAAACUAGACAGCAUGGCUGAAUUCAGUUGUUGAUGAUGGCAUGCAAACAUUAGACUGUGCUCGUUUGUUUGCAGGGAUAAUUAUUGACCUACCGAUAUAACACCAAUUAUAGGAGAAAAGGCUCUUGAAACAAUCGUAAUAUACCCUUUCGUGACAAUCUUGUUUGGAUAAGUAAGUUUUGUUCACCGAAAAGUAAGACUGGAUAGGAAGGAAACGUUGAUCGAUAACCUUUGAGGUAGGUAGGUAGUAGCGCACAGUGGGAAGACAGAGAAGUAAAAUGCAAGCAACUAAAUUUACUGGCUAUAAUGAUAGGCAGACUUGUUUAGUUGAAUCAAACUUAACCUUUUUUUUAAAUGAAGCGCUAAAUAGUUAAAAUUCAACAUCACAAAUUAGAUACAUGGAUUUUGGUAAAGUCAUUAGUAUUUCCCAAAACGAUCAUAUAUGAAUUGCUAUUCAAGUAAAUAUACACACAGCCUCACAGGGCUUGUAUUCGACCAAUGGUCGAAUAGUGCAGCUCUAUUUCUGACCAACUAACAAAUAUUUUGCAAAAUAAUGUUUGCUUAAAAAAUGGGUAGACCCUGUUAACCAAAAGCAACAACAACGAUUAGAUAUGUUUGCAUAAUCACUGAUUAAUGAUUUAAAGCCACACAUUUUUUUUUAUAGAAUUUGUUGUUCCCUCCGCUGAAACUCAAGGCAAGGCACCUCUCAGACCAACAUAAGAAUUACACAAGGUCGAUGAGACCGACUUAAAAUUGAAUAAUUCACAAAAACACAUGUUACUCAAUAGGGUGGGUCACAUCCUCCUGUCCCCGCUGCUUUUUCGAUGUGUAUUGAGGUACCCAACAACUGUGCUAAAUUUGAGCAAAUUUGGUUAUGAUUUGAAUUUGCCUGAGAACUUUUAAUUUUGUGUUGACAAAUGUAUGAAAAAUUACUCGAAACUAUUCAUUUGCGUGUCAAAAAUUCAAAACUAGCUCAAUUUUGACCAAAACGCGGACUUGGAUUAGGAGUACUAUGCAGAACAAAUCUUUUCAACUUUCGUGCAAAAAGUUAUUAUUAUUAUACUAUAGGCCUAUUCUGCCGCUCAUGGCAUGCUUGUCCUAUAGGAAAAAUCAACAAGCCGAGAAAACGCGUUUAAAGUUUGCUUUGUACCAUUGCUUCUUAAGUGAUGUGACAACCAUUUUGGCUGUUUUCCAAACUCUCUCAGAACAAAGUUGCUGUGUUCAUCCAGUAUCAUAAAAAUCUAGGUGAUUAGUUACCAUUUCCACUAAAAACUCAGUUUUGAAAAAAAAAAA